AUGACAGACAUCGCACCAGUCUCCAGCGCCACUGGCUCGCACAACGCCAGGAUCCUGCCCGACAUCCAGCUAUUGUGCAUGUACGAAAAAUUCUCCGAUGCCUUCAAUGCUGCAGUCGAAAAGUGCUAUCCAGAGUUACACCAGAAAGCCACCAUCACGAUCCAUAAUUGCAGAUUGGGCGCUCUUCCGAAAGAACUUCGCUUCGAUGCUGUAGUCUCCCCAGCCAACUCGUACGGCCGUCUGGACGGAGCCUUCGAUGAUGCCCUGGCACGAACAUACGGGCCGAAGAAUGACUACGAGUGGAUCACGCGGAAGGCACAGAAGGUGUUAUAUGAAAAAUGGCGUGGCUUUGCGCCUCCAGGAACGUGUACAAUUGUGCCGCUUGAGCACCAAGACGACGCAGGUCAGUCAAAAGUUGAGAUGCAACAUCCUUGGAACACGAAAUACCUCCUCCUUUGCCCGACAAUGCGCAUUCCUGAUUUGGUCGGUUGGGAUGUGGAAGUUGUCUACGAGUGUGUCUGGUCCCUACUUUGUACUAUCGACAACCACAAUCGAUAA